AUGACGUCAUCCUCGACCCAGCCCUUUGGCUCAUGUAGCGAGAGAGAGUUUGUAGAACAAGCUGUUGGUGUCUGCGAGAAGAUAUUUUACAUGGAAUUGGCAAGGAAUCUUACUGCAGAUUGCCGCACGGUGCAUGCGCAACUUUCAGCAUGUUUUGUUAAAAAGACGCGCCAGUGCCUCGGAGGAUACUUCAGUGAGGACCAAAUAGACUAUGCGGUCAACAAAACAGCGCUGUUCUUAAAGCAAACUGGCUCGCCUCAGUGGUACUGCUCUAAUAAACCAACCAAUAUGUCAUCCUUGGAUCCAGACCUCAGACAGCAUUUUCCCUGCAGUGAUAAACUCUUCGCUGAGGGAUACAAAUGUACGAAAGACUUCAGAGAGAUCUUCAACACUAACAGGAGUGACCCCAGAUUGUGCGGAGCUUUUUCUGCUGCCAGGAAUUGCACGCAGUCAGUGUUUGAUCGUAACUGUAACAGUAGCAUUCAGGUACCAUCCGAAAACCGGUUCAACCCGUUUUGCAAAAACACUGGAAAUGCAACCGUUGUCGCAUAUCAAGCCCCCGAAAAAAUAGACACUAACGGGAAUUGUACGCAAACAGUCUUUGAUCGUUUCCGUAACGACACCAUGCCCGUACCAACGCAAAAUCAGUUCAACCUGUUUUGCAAUAACACUAGAAAUGGGACCACAAUCGUAUAUCAAGCCUCGAGGAGGCCAGAAAUCAGCGGUGCACGCAGGAACAAAAAAUCGCUUUCAAGGAUGUUGAGUAUUACGCUCGCAGUGCUGUAUGAUUUUGUGAUAAGGGGUUUGGGGUCGAACUGA